GAAAUGCAAUCAAAAGAGCCUUACUUCGUAUUAUGAACUCCCUCCUCUUCUGAAAUAGGCCACCGAAAAUGAGGUCACGUUCUGUCAAGCGGCCCUGCCUUUUCUUUGUAUAUAAGCAGAGCUUCUACUCGCAUGCACACUCUUCACAGAAUCCUUGCUACCUAUUCUCUCAUUACACUCACUUCAAAAGCAUUGCCUCCUGUCUCAAAGUCUCCUCGACAAAAUGAAAAUUCCAACACUCCUUUCAGUCGCUUGUUUGGCGAUUGGUGUAGCCUCAGAACAGCAUUGGACGGCUGCAUGUACCGUCAAUGGCGUAAUCGAUGGACCGAAAACAGAACAAACCUGCAACUUUUAUAGAAAUACCGGCGAGCCAGGGAACGAGGUGUACCACAAAUGUGAAGACUGUCAUUAUGUCGACGAAAGUCACAGCUCAGGCCUCCAAUAUUGCGAGAGUGCACAAAAGCAUAUUGGAGGGGACCAGUUUGGAAGGUUCUGCAACGAUGCCGGUGCUGACGGUUGGAAACGCGAUAUAUACGUACACGAUUGAAGUGGAGGCGUAUCGUAAGUGACUUGUUCAUAUUCGCAGUUCGCCCUAAUAGCUAAUGGAUCUAUUAGAAGAAAUCGGGGCAAGGGGGUGGGUGGACUUUGCAAAGAGGUUAUAUGGCGAGAAUGCUUUUUGUAAGGAGCUCAUUUCAGACAAGUAGAAAUUCUACUUGUACACGAGUAUAUAGGGGAAAUGUCAGGGUUGUACAGUUCAAC